AUGAAGGUCGCCAUUGUCAGCAUGCUCCUCGCCGCCUCCGGCGUCCUCGCCGCGCCCGCCGACGAGAUGCUCGAGAAGCGCAGCGGCCCCGGCAUCGUCAAGGCCGCCGACAGUCAGAUCGGCGUCGACUACGUCUACGGCGGCGGCGGCUGCAAGGGCCCCUCCAAGGGCGGCUUUGACUGCUCCGGCCUGACCCAGUACUCCGUCUGCAAGGCCCAGGGCAAGACCAUUCCCCGCACCGCUCAGGAGCAGUACCACUCGUCCAUGGGCAAGCGCAUCCCCCGCGGCGAGGCCAAGCCCGGCGACAUGCUCUUCUGGGCCACCGGCGGCGACUGCAAGAACAAGGUCGCCCACGUCGGCAUCUUCGUCAAGGCCGGCACCAUGGUCAACGCGGCGCACACCGGCACCAAGGUCCGCCAGCAGGCCAUCUGGACCUCCUACGGCGGCGAGUCCAUCUGCCCCGACGCCGUCCGUUUCUGGUAG